AGACUCAUCAACAACAUGGAAUACAGAAAUCACACAGAUGCUCUAGAAUUCCUUCUCCUGGGAUUGACAAAUUAUCCACAAGUGCAGCCCCUCAUCUUCAGCCUGUUCUUGUCCAUGUACCUGGUAAUCAUCCUGGGGAAUCUGCUCAUCAUCCUGGCUGUCAGCUCUGAGUCACAACUCCACACUCCCAUGUAUUUUUUUCUCUCCAAUCUCUCCUUUACUGACAUCUGUGUAAGCACCACCGUAAUCCCAAAGAUGCUGGCGAACAUAGAAGCACAGAAUCAGAGCAUCACUUAUGUAGGCUGCCUCACCCAGAUUGGAUUUGUCCCAGUAUUUUGUUUAUUUGAGAAUUUUCUCCUUGCAGUAAUGGCCUAUGACCGCUAUGUGGCCAUUUGUCACCCACUGAUGUACACGGUUGUCAUGAACCCCCGACUCUGUGGCCUGCUAAUUCUUCUCUCUCUGUUUCUUAGCAUUGUGGAUGCCCUCCUCCUCAGUCUGAUGAUGUUACAGCUGUCCUUCUGCAAGGACCUGGAAAUCCCUCACUUCUUCUGUGAACUUGCUCAGGUCCUCAAGCUCACCUGUUCUGAUACACUCAUCAAUAACAUCCUGAUAUAUUUUGUGGCUAUCCUAUUUGGGGGUGUUCCUCUCUCUGGGAUCAUUUUCUCUUAUACUCAAAUUGUCUCCUCUGUUUUGAGAAUGCCAUCAGCAAGGGGAAAGUUUAAAGCUUUUUCCACUUGUGGGUCUCACCUCUCAGUUGUCUCCUUGUUCUAUGGGACAGGUUUGGGGGUGUACAUUGUUUCUGCUCUUACUAACUCUUCUGGAAACAUUGCCUUGGCUUCAGUGAUGUACACUGUUGUCCCUCAAAUGCUGAACCCCUUCAUCUACAGCCUGAGGAACAGAGACAUGAAGGGAGCCUUGAGGAAUCUCAUCAGAAGGGGUUCUUUUCUGUGA